AUGGACACGACCGUGGACUUCGAUAGUAUCGACGCACUUCUGAAGGCGGCGGAGAUGCUUGAGAGAAAGCUUUCUGCAGUAAAACCUCUAAUUAUGAAGGACGAUGCAAAUCCACUUUGCCAAACCAAUUCAGUGUCUUGUCCUGUAUCUGGUCUCUUGGACCCACAAGCAUGUCUGAAUGCGCUAAUGAGCUUUAAUAUUCUUGCUUGCAGUCAGAACAAGACUACUAGUGGUUUGAACAAUGGGAUUAUUGCCGAAUACUCAUCCAUCAAUAGUCCGCUAGCCUCAGCUAACUCCGAGACUGCGCAGGUUCUCAAAGAUGGCUUCGAAAUCCCAGAGAGACCGACGAGGUGCGUUUGGACAGUUCCAGUCCAGGUAGUUUCACUAUCCCUCAUUCAACUCUCGUCCGAAGAGCUAGCUUACGAGCAUCUGGCGAAUCUUCACAGAUUACGAUUCACAGCUCCGGAGAAGCAUCAGACCCCAAUCACUCUCUGUCGGUUGCGUAGAGCCUUACUCAACUCAUGCGGUCAGCUCAGUUAUCCUCAUCUGGUUCACAUGCCAGACGAUCGAAACGAUAUAGUUGGCAACUCACAAAAUCGCGUUUCUCCACCGAUCAUUCAGACAUUUGCUAACUCCGGAAAAGUUGAGCUCUCAAUCAGCGUGGGGGCUUUUUCCGAUUUAAGUGUCAAUUUCUCUCAAACUUAA